AUGAUGAAAGACCUGGAGGAAGCCAUCUUGGCCUCUGAGCUGAAGGCCUCUGAAGGCACAGAGCCUUCGGGCUCUCCGGCAGCGGCGCGCACUCGCGGGCCUCCGUGCAGGGCGCGCCUCGCUCAUGCGCUCCUCGGCGGCGAGGACGGGGCGGGCGGCCGGGCUGGCGGGAGAAGCGGCCACCUCUCGGCUGGCUCCGGUGCGCAGCUUUCCCCUCCCCUUUUGUUCGGCAGCGGGGAGGAAGGAGCCGCCGGCGAGGCUGCUGUGCUGUCCCGGCUUCAGCCCCCUCCCACCGCUCGGGGGAAGCCCGCCUCGCCUCGCUCCGGAGCGCUGCUGCCCAGGGCAGGCUUAGCUCGCCCCAAUCCCCCGGGCUCGCUGACCUCGGGGGGGGCGGACCUGGAGCUGUGCCCGGCCACCCCCGUGCCCAUCGAGGGGCCAGCGGGAGGUCCCGUCUUCGCGGCGGGGGGGCCUUCCCCAAAGAGACCACCCUCCCCUCCCGCCCCCUACCCGGCUCGGCUGGCGCGAAGACGGCUUGCAGAGAGAGCCAGGCGGCGGCCACCAGGCGGCGCUGCGGAGCCCCGCGCCAGCCUGAACUCCGCUUCGCUUUCUCCUGCGCUGCUCGGGCACAAGCCCGGGGAGUUGGGCACAGCCGCCUCCGGAGCGCUCGCCAGCCUCCCGCCGCAGCCGGGAGCGUCGGGGCUGGAAAGGAAGACCGCCGAGGGGAAGUUGCCGAGCCCGGCGGGAAGCCAGAGGCGGGCGAAGGGGUGGGCGCCUCCGUCCUCUCCCCCCCCCCAGCCGGCGGCGGCAGCCCGCCUCCUCCUCCGAGCCAGGCAAGGGGGCGCAGCGCCCAGAGGCGCCCUUCCACCGCGGGAGCCGCCUCGCUCUGAGCCCAGGCUGGCAACUUUGGCACGGCGGACCCAGCGCGGGCGCCCGGCUGCUGCACCAGCCCCGAAGAGCCCUCCGGCUCCGGCCACCCAGCCUUGGCGACCCCCCUCUGCUGCAGCGAGCCGCCCUUCCAGAGGGCUCCCCCAGCUCGGCUCCGUUGCUGCCUCCAAGCUGCCCUCCUGGCCAGCUGGCGAAGAGACUGGGAUCGCAGAGUUGGAAGGGACCCUCAGCAGGGUCAGUGGCCCAGCCAACCCCAAGGAGUCCCGUCCCUGA